AGUGCUGUGGCUGCCUUCUGAAGAUAAAGAUAGUUGUUUGCUAGUACAUUCAGUUAGUUCUUUUGGAUAGCCUAUGUGAAACCACGCUGGGAAAGAAGUAAGUUGACUUUGCAGGCUAACUGGUAGCUGGAUGAAAAGAUGUGCAGGAUAACAACAGUUUUGCUGGCAUUGCUGAAUCUGAGCUUGAUGUUAGAACUAGGCAGCACCCAUAAGCGAUGGAGUGUGUUCCGAAGCAUUUUCAAAAUAAUAAAGUACACUAAAGCAUCAGGAGGAGAUCCUGGACAACCCCUGUUUCUAACACCUUACAUCAAAAGUGGCAGAGCUGAGGAAGGAAGGCAGUUAAGCCUGGUGGGCCCCCUGCCAGGAGCAAAUGUGAAGAGCUAUUCAGGGUACUUGACAGUCAACAAGACUCACAACAGCAACCUUUUCUUUUGGUUUUUCCCUGCUCAGGUACAGCCAGAGAAUGCCCCUGUCCUACUUUGGCUCCAAGGUGGACCUGGAGGGACAUCCAUGUUUGGCCUCUUUGUUGAGCAUGGGCCAUAUCUUGUCUACAAGAAUCUCACAUUGUCUGAACGAAAAUUUCCUUGGACAUCUAAGUUUUCCAUGCUCUACAUUGACAACCCGGUUGGAACUGGCUUCAGUUUUACAGAUGACGAGAAGGGAUAUGCAAAGAACCAAGAUGAUGUUGGAAGAGAUUUAUAUAGUGCCCUCAUCCAGUUUUUCCAGCUUUUUCCUGAUUAUCAGAAAAAUGACUUCUAUGCAACAGGAGAAUCUUAUGCAGGAAAGUAUGUGCCUGCUAUUGGCUAUUAUAUUCAUACACAUAAUCCUACAGCAAAGAUUAAGAUCAACUUGAAGGGUGUUGCCAUUGGAGAUGGUCUCUGCGAUCCUGAAUUGAUGUUGGGUGGCUAUGCAGAGUUCUUAUAUCAAAUUGGUUUGGUGGAUGAGAAGCAGAGGGAUUAUAUCCAGAAUCAGACAGACCUGGGAGUAAUCUACAUCCAGCAGAAGAAGUGGCGUGAAGCCUUUGAAGUGUUUGAUAUUUUGUUGAAUGGCGAUCAAACUAAAAGUCCUCCCUAUGUUCGGAAUGUUACUGGAUGUAGCAACUACUUCAACUUUUUGCAGUGCCAGGAGCCUGAAGAUCAAGAAUACUUUGGAGAAUUUUUAGCAUUGACAGAAGUAAGGAAAUCUAUCCAUGUUGGAAAUCUUACCUUCCAUGAUGGUUCUGAAGUUGAAAAGUAUUUGCUUGAAGAUGUGAUGAAGACAAUAAAGCCAUGGUUGGGUACCUUAAUGGAUAACUACAAGGUUCUCUUAUACAAUGGACAACUUGAUGUCAUUGUGGCAGCCCCACUGACAGAACGAUUCCUGCCUACUGUGCCAUGGGCCAAAGUGAAAGAAUACAAGAAUGCUGAGAGAGUUGUAUGGAAAAUCUGUUCUAAAGAUCCAGAAGUAGCUGGCUAUGUACGCCAAGCAGGUGACUUCCAUCAGGUCAUUGUUCGUGGUGGAGGGCACAUCCUGCCAUAUGACCAGCCUGAAAGGACAUUGGACAUGAUGGAUAGGUUUAUCUCAGGAAAAGGGUGGAAAUCUAAUGAAUACUGAAAAUUCAGCCUGAGCACAGCAACCUUCAGACUUCUUUGCAACAGACCAAUAGGGAAACUUUGAUGAACAGGUCAAAUCAGUGGCACUGAAGAUUAAAGUAUUAUAAUGUAGUUUCUUUUAUUGCUUAAAAUGUUGAUAAGGUUGAUAAAUGCUGAUAAGACUACAGUCUUGGGGGGGAGGGGGAAAUCAAGCCAUGCUUUAGUUUCAUAAAUAAUGAAAAUAUUAUUUAAGAUUCUGUUUGUGGUUUAUACUUAUUUUUGAAAAAUAUAUAGGAUGUGAAGAUGCUACUGAAAGAGGAGGGUUAUGUGAUGCGUCCUUGAAAGAGGAUGGAUGUUUCUUCACCUACAACCACUGUGCCUGCUGUAUUUAUUAUGUGGGCUCUUUGCAGAGAUAAUAUCCCAUUGAAUAAUGUACUUGAGUAUGGAAGUCCUAGAAGUCAGUAUCCAUAAAACAGAUACAGAUAUGCUUAUUUGACUUUCAGGCACUACACUGAAAUUAACUGCUUUUUUGUGAACUUAUUACUUUGGUCUUGCUAGGUCCAAAGAUCCACCAGAACUAGCAGACACGAGAGUACACAAGAUGAACUAAAAUGGCUGCCAGUAAUGGAAAUAUCCAGUAAUCUCUGUUGAUGUAUUAGUGUGAGACUCUGGCAGAAUGAGAAGAACUUUAUACCUGAUAAGAGAAGAAUGCUUCUCUGAUGACAUAGUUUAGGUUUUCAAAAUGUGAUGUACCGUAAAAUGUGGUUUGGAUGGCAAUGAUGAUUAAACAUAGACAGUGCA